GGCUGCACUGACGCCAUGGAUGCCGAGGCCACUCAGCCGCUGCUGGGCCCAAGGACCAAAGCCGAGGAGCCGGGCCCGCGCGUCCGCCGGCCGCGGGGGCUCUUCCUGGCAGCCUUCGCCGCCACCUUGGGCCCUCUCAGCUUUGGCUUCGUGCUGGGCUACAGCUCGCCGGCCAUCCCGAGCCUGCGGCGGGUCGGACCUGCGCCCCUGCGACUGGACAAUGACGAGGCCUCCUGGUUCGGGUCCCUGGUAACUCUUGGGGCUGCUGCAGGUGGUAUACUAGGUGGCUGGUUGUUAGACCAGGCUGGAAGGAAACUGUCCCUGAUGCUCAGCACAGUGCCCUUUGUUGGUGGCUUCACCCUGAUCAUUGGAUCCCAGAACGUAUGGAUGCUGUAUGGAGGUCGAAUUCUGACUGGCCUGGCAAGCGGGAUUGCUUCUCUUGUUGUCCCAGUAUAUAUAGCUGAAAUAGCUUACCCAGAAAUCCGAGGACUGCUUGGCUCUUGUGUGCAGCUGAUGGUUGUCAUUGGGAUCCUUGGAGCAUAUGUUGCAGGGCUGGGCCUAGACUGGUGCUGGCUCGCUGUGCUGGGCUGCGUCCCACCUUUCUUCAUGCUGCUGCUCAUGUGUUUCAUGCCUGAAACUCCAAGGUUUCUGCUGAUUAAGCAUAAGCAGCAAGAAGCAAUAGCUGCAAUGAGAUUUCUGUGGGGGAUAGACCAGGAACAGGAAGUAGAAGAGAAGGAAUACAGUCAUGAGGAUCAGGGAUUUCAUCUGGCAAGGUUGAAGAAUCCAGCCAUUUACAAGCCAUUUCUCAUUGGUGUGUUGCUGAUGGCUUUCCAACAGUUCUCAGGGAUCAAUGCAAUGAUGUUUUAUGCAGAGACAAUUUUUGAACAAGCCAACUUUAAGGACAGUAGCCUUGCCUCAGUCAUUGUGGGGGUCUUGCAGGUGGUCUUUACUGCCAUAGCUGCCCUUAUCAUGGACAAAGCCGGCCGGAAACUACUCCUGGUGAUAUCAGGUAGUAUCAUGGCCCUGAGCUGCAUGAUGUUUGGUAUCUACUUUAAAAUUUCUCUUCCAAGUCCUAACAACUCUUCAAAUCCUGACCUACUCACAUACUUGAAUCCAGAGUCUGUACAAGCCAGCUCUGGACUGCCAUGGCUAGCGGUAUUUAGCAUGGGAUUCUUCCUCAUAGGUUUUUCUCUAGGUUGGGGUCCCAUCCCCUGGCUGCUGAUGUCAGAAAUAUUUCCCCUCCAAGUCAAGGGGCUGGCCAGUGGCGUUUGUGUGCUUUCCAGUUGGAUCAUGGCCUUUCUGGUGACAAAAGAAUUCAGCAGUCUCAUGGAUAUUCUGACUCCAUAUGGAACUUUCUGGCUUUUCUCUGCCUUCUGUGUCCUCAGUGUCGUUUUCACAUUACUCUAUGUUCCUGAAACAAAAGGAAAGACUUUAGAGCAAAUUGAAGCUCAUUUUCAAGGAAGGUGAUGACAACCUUCUGAUUUUGUGUCCUUGCCAAGCAAGGGAAGACUGAUCCUAAUGAAAGAAUGGUGAUUUGAAAAUGGAGUUCUUCUGUAUCUCCCAAGAAGCAUAAUCUCUCUCCAGAACUCUCGAGCCUUAGGUGGAACUGAAAGAACCAAUACAGAAUACAUGUAAAAACAAGUUUUUAAUUGCUGCUAAAUCUAGUCAGGUUUUUUUUUUUGUUUUUUGUUUUUUGUUUUUUUCCAAAUCAUCUCCACAGUGCCCCAAGUGCUCUCAUUCUUGAGAGAUUUUAGCCAAGUUAUAUGGGAUGGAUCUAUUCCCAUUUAAUUCCAGGUUAAAUUGGCAUGAGGGGGAUAAAAAAAAAAAAACCUACAGCAAUCUUAAAACCUCAGCACUGGUCUCUUUCAUACAGGUAUUUUUCCUUUGAAAAGAAAGCGAUGAAACUCAAUUAUUAUAUCCAUCGCCCUUUAUCAGACUAGCAAAGAUAUUUAGAAAUUGAUUCCUGUCCAAAUAAUUUUUAUCUUUGACAAUAAUCUAAUGAAGAACUGUGUUUUCCUCAAAUAAAAAUUUUAUUCUAAAAAUCAAGUGUAAG